CUGGUUGUACUCAGUCAGUUCAGUUGUGUCCGUGUCGUCUUUCAGUGAGGACGUGUUAGUGAUGGCUAGUGGGGCUAGACACCCAGGCCCUGUACGGGACAAGCUAAGGAUAACCUACUAUUCUGUUCUUCUAUUGAUGAUAGCUGUUAUAUCAGAUUGCAGAGCUCAGAGAGAUCGAGAUAACAUCCGUCGGAUGGAGGUGGUGUCGGGGGGAAACAUCACACUCACCUGCUCUGCUCAGCCAGGUCACCUGCGUGCUUAUCGAUGGGUGUACAUACGCACUGGAACAAAACGACCACAGGUGCUCAGCUCUGGACGUCGACUAGUGGUUGGAGAGCCAAGAAUUGCUCUAGAUUCAAAGGCAGAAGAUGAGAAGGUUAAGCUAAAACUGACACUCACAGACAUUCGACCAUAUGAAUCCGGAAUCUUCAUGUGCUGGAGACAAGGAUUAAAGCCUGACCCCCAAAUUUUACUUACUGUACUAGAACCUGGGAUGUCAUCUGAGCGUCAGGUGAUUACACGAACUGAUGGUCCUUCUCAUGUCAAAUACGGAGAUUCAGCCACAUUCACAUGUACCAUCAGUCCACCCUGGCCAGUCAAGGUGACGUGGCUCAAGGAUGGUGUAGAGAUCCCGGACACAGACCGCCUCUAUACUCAGAGUGUGCGGGCAGUUGCUAAUAGGAAAGUACAAGAGGAAAGACAAGAUGCAGUGGAGGAGCUUCUAGCAACUCUCACUGUUGUCACCAUCAGGAAGGAUACAAACUUCACCUGUCAUAUUGAGACAGACCCACCUGAUGAGCGCACCAUUCAGGUUACUGUGCGAGUUCCAAGAGUGGUGUCAUUGAUGAGUGAACCAGACAAGGACACAGUGGAAUAUGGCCAGUCCCUCUCUCUCAGCUGUAUUGUUUCUGGAUCAGAUUCAGAGAUUGUGUGGCUAAAGGAUGGUUCAGAGCUGUUGUUUGGGCAUAACUUCCUUGGGAGGCAAAAGUAUACAUCUGAACAAACCCCUAACAUGAUGGCCUCUACUGUGCAUAUUGAGUCUGUAUCCUUUAUUGAUAAUGGCCAUUAUGUCUGCUACAUUCCAGGGGCAUCAAAAGAUAUUCUCAUCAAUAUUGAAGGGCGACCUGCUAGAUUACUUGGAAUGACUAGUGGAGACUUUUUUGAAGAUGAAGCAUUAACACUAAGCUGCACAACUCAGUAUGCUAAAGACACUCAGCGAUCUACAGUUAGGUGGCAUUUCGAAGAUGAGGUCCUUGACCCGAGCUUCUACGAGACCCGGAUGUAUCGCUUAGAUUAUAACAUGACUGUCCAUGAGCUGACCAUCCCUCGGGCUGGAGAACAAAAUGCAGGAAAAUAUCAGUGUGUAACACCAUAUGGCUCAGCUUCUAAAACAGUCAAUUUAUUUGUACCCCCAUCCCUCAGUGAGCCUCUGCCUUCAGAACUGCUGGUUAAAGAAGGUGAAGAGUUACGUAUUACUUGCCAAACCAUUGGCCGACCUCGACCUGUUGUACACUGGGAAAGAAAGAUUGGAGAGCUGUGGCUGCCUGUGGAUGAAGUAUUGGGCAGAGAUGUAGAUACCGAUGGAGUACUUACUGUUCCUGUAGCAGCAGUGAGUGAUGCUGGGAAUUACAGAUGUGCAGCAAAAAGUGAUGCAGGUUCCUUCCUUGCUGAAGUCGUUGUCAGUGUUGAACGUGCAUCCCCUGAGGUGUUUGAUAUGGCGGCCCCAGAGAGUGUUACAGUUGGAGACAACUUUACCAUCCAGUGUUCUGUUAUGAACUGGAAUGGAGAGGUGGAGUUUAUGUUCGAAGGUGCGUCCCUAAGUUCACAUUUGGAUAGUCGGUAUAAUGUGAUCCUGUAUCCAUCUGACGAUGGUAUAGUACAAGCAUACCUCAUAGUUCAAGGAGCCUUGCCAGAAGACGCUGGCACUUACACAUGCAGUGCUGGUUCACAGGCCUCGGAAUCUGUUCUUGUAGAAGUCAGUAGGCGUCCUGGAGAAAUAGUAAAUUUAGUUGUCUCUCCAACCUUAGAGGGUGAAGAUUUUUUUGUAAGCUGCACCAUCAGGAACUGGCUGAAAGAAGUGAGGUUUUAUCACAAGGGCAAUAUACUGUCAGAAGACACAGAUCCACGUUAUAGUGUAUACAAACCUGAGCCAAGCCAAGGAGAUGCUACACAUGUGUUGAAGGUAACAUCUGCAGGACCUGAAGAUGAGGGCACAUAUCAGUGCUACCUGGAUGCCUUCACUACCCACACCAUAGAUGUUUCUCUCAAGAGUCCAGCAGAAAAGGUGCUGGGAGUGUCGGCUUCAGCUGCUGUAGUGGGACGUGACUUUAAUAUUACCUGUCGUGUUAAGAAUUGGGAUGAUACUGUAACUUUCAUAUUCAAUGGUGUGGCAUUGGAUCCUGAUAAAGACUGGCGAUACGUUGUAUAUGUGUACCCAUCAGACGAUGGCAACCAAGAAAUCACCCAUGUCCUCAGUGUAUCUGAGGCAACCACUGAUGAUAAUGGCUUAUAUGAAUGCUACACUACCACUGUCACAUCUGGCUCUACCAUAGUAACAGUGUGGAAUGAAGCUGAUGUGAAACUUGAACUUAAGACUGUUGAUCAGCCAAACUGGAAGGAUUCACCUAUACCAAUUAACUGUGAGGUGCGAGGUGUUGACCCCAAUACUGUGACAAUCCUCUUCUCCCACUAUGAUGAGCCACAAGUAUAUAUUCAAAAUCGCACAAAAAUGGCAACUUCCAGUCAUCUAGUAAAUAUUGCCGUCAGUCAAAGUGAAGAGGGUUCUGUACCCAUCACUGUCUUCACUCUUGGCUUUUACUCUCUUAGUAAAGAGCUGGAGGGUCUUUGGUCUUGUACAGUAUUGCAUCCCAGUGGUGACAUUCUUGGUAGUGAUACACUCUCCCUGGAAAUUGCAGGUUUUUCACAAGCUGAAAGUCUACAGAAAGUUCAACAAGACAUUGUGACACUUGCAAAUAAUGUAAGCUUUGAAGAAGUCAUGGAAAAUGAUGUGGUUGAGUUGCUAGAUUCCCAUAGAGAAGAUUUGACUAAUGAAGAUCUGAUGAUGCUGGAACAAGAGCGAGCUGCAGGACAAGAAGAGGAUAUAGAAUCUCCACCCACCCCACUUCAGUUGACAAGAAAGGAUAUGUCUAAAGCAUUUGCACUAAUAGAGGAAGGUUUGCAAAUCUUAGCUGAUAACGACCCCAACCGUGAAAGGAACAUCAAGAUUGCAAGUGCAGUUAACAAUGCUCUCAGUUCCUACACUGAGCUGUACAAGGAGAAGCCUCCAAAAGAAGAGCGGGAGUAUCCCUGUCCAGUUUGCGGCAAAGUAUUCACCCAUCCAAGCUCCCUCAUAUAUCAUCGUGAUUCUACACACAACAAUGGUCGAAUGUUUGUGUGUCAUAUAUGCAAUGCUGCAUUUAAGCAUAAACAACUUCUACAGAGGCAUUAUAGCGUCCACUCUGAAGACAGACCAUAUCCAUGUGAGGUGUGCCACACAGCCUUCAAGACCCGUGGUAAUCUAUACAACCACAUGAACACUCACACCGGCCUUAAAAAGUUUACCUGUGAAAUCUGUGGCAAACAGUUUAAUCAUCUGACAUCACUGACUUUGCAUGUCAGGUCACAUACAGGUGAAAAGCCAUUCAAGUGUGGUUACUGUGAAAAGAGAUUUACCCAAAAUGGCAAUCUUCAGGAGCACAUUAGAAUCCACACAGGAGAAAAACCGUAUUGUUGUGAAACUUGUGGCAAAAAAUUCACAACAUCCUCACAGUUCAAGCUCCACAUGAGACGUCACACUGGAGAGAGACCUUUUACUUGCUCUUACUGCACCAAGCCUUUCUUAAAUCGUGAAGCUUGGCGAACACAUGAAAGGAAACACAGUGGAGAGAAGCCAUAUGUCUGUGAAGUUUGCACAAAAGGUUUCACUGAGCAGUACACUCUAAGAAAACAUCUACGAAUGCAUACAGGUAACUUAAUUUAAGGGGAGGGUCCUACAGUUACUCAUG